CAUGGCCCCUUGACAGACGUAAGGGUCAUUGUUUACAUCCAUCUUUACGUGCCAUUUCUGCCUGUACGUCUGCACCCUGACAGUGUAUCAGGCUUCUUCCUUUUUCUGCUUGACAGUGUUGAUCUUGAAGACUCAGUGCUUGCUCUCCAGGGAACAACACAUCACAAGGAGAACACAAACCUACUUUUGCAACCAAAAUAAUUCUUGUUUAGUUCUUCCAAAAACCAGCCGUCACCAUUUCACCUCCAACAGUCAUGUACAGCUCCAGCUACUCCCAGGCCAAGUUUGGCCUGGAGGCAAGGGAGCCCCUGCACAAGACCAAAGGAAAGAGCUGCGGCUACUACAUGAGGAUCGUCUUCUUCUUUUCCUCCCUGAUCCAGUCCCUCAUCAUCGUGAGUCUGGUGCUCUUCCUCAUCUAUGGACAGCCAGAGAAGUCGGCGGAGGAGAGGAGGGUCGAGGAGCUGGAGCUGAAUUUCAACAGGCUGGGGGAGAACAACAUUGCACUGAGGAAGGAGAAAGGCGAGCUGGGAGCUCAGCUGGCAGCUCGCACAGCUGAGAAAGCUGCACUGGAGAAAGAUUUUGAGAAGCUGAAGACUGAGGCCAACAACACAAUAUUUCAGCUAAGAAACAGAUUAAUUAACUGUGAGAGAACAAGUGCAACAACACUCAGCAUGAUGACGAGGCGUCCCACCCCUCCGAUCGUGGCCCCCGCUGUGGUCACUUCCAGCAGUGAACUGAAGAUGCUGCAGAGCCUCAACGCUCAGCAGAAAGCGAUGAUCAAUCUCAUCCAGACAAACUUCACCCAGACAGUUCAGUACCUGAGCCAGGAGAGAGACAACGCCCUCAAAGACCGAGACACGCACCACCAGGAUGCCAUCACCCUGCGCCGGGAAAACACCCUGCUGAAAGAGCAGGGCACCACCUACACCAAGAAGUGCAAAGAGGACUUUGCUCACUCCUUGGAUGGGAUCACAACGGUGACCAGGGAUUUCCUGAACCGGAUCAACAGCCUGUUCCCCCACCAGCUGACCUUUCACCUCACCUGUGUCAAACAGCAGGAACAAAUGGAGAAGAUAAGACACAGCUGCACCAACCUGUCCCGAGACGUGGAGAAUAAGUUCCAGUUGUAUCUAGACAACGUGGGCAACAAGGUAGCAGAGAUCCAGGCCCUGUCCAGUCGUCUGGAGGUGCAGAAUAUACAUUUGACGUCCGACGUGCAGCAGUGUGAACGCAGUCGCAGUGAGGCGAUCGCCGAGGCCGCCGCGCAGCUGCAGCUCAAGCAGAAGACUCAUGAUGACCAGGUGGAAAAAUUACUGAUGGAGCAGAACCGGUUGAGGGAUGAGAAGAAGCUGCAGGAAGACAGUUUGGUCCUGAAAGACCGAGAACUUAAGUCCCUCCAGCAAAUGCUCCCUGCUCAACCCGGUUUUAAGUCCGGUCUUCCCAAAGUUGGAGGCCUUCAGGCACAGCAAGACAAACAGACUGUGGCUAACUGGCCUGUCGGCGCAAAAGGCAAAACUCUGACGGCGAGAUGAAAUUAACCAGCAGAGUGUACAUAUCCUGAUUCAGCCGACUCCAUCAGAGACGACCUGUAAAUAGUCCGAUUCCACGUUGUUGAUAUAGUUACACUGUAGGUUUGUGCACGCUUUCUUCAGCUCUACUUGGAACCGAACAUUCAUUUGCUAAUUUUACUCGUGUUCGAGUUAAAGCAUUUACUGUGAAAUCCUCUGUAUCUUACUACACAGGUAAAUACGAUUUACAUGACACUGGUGUAAAUAUUUUUCUCUCAUGUGUGUCACUCACUGUGAUUUCCGUAGUUAAGAAAACUGACACUGGAAAAUGUUUUUAUUGCCAAUGACUUCAAAUUAAAUGAACCCAAAAACA